AAAAUUAUAAAUUAUUAUUUCUGAGUGCUAAUCUAAUCUGACUUCUAGUUCUGAGGUUAAGGUACUUAAAUACGCUUAAUUUUGUGUAAUUAGUGUAGUAUUAAAAAUGAAGUUUACUUUUCGAAUAACUGUUGUCAAUAAAUAGUAUGUACUGAUGUUGAGAGCAAUGGCUGAGUUUGAAAAAAGCGAUAUUGAGUGGCAACCAUUAGCCCUGACGUUGGUCGAGUAUCCAAAAGGUGAUUUGUGGGGAAAAUUCUUUGCUAUAACAAGUUUGGCACCAUUUGGAAUUGGAUCAGGCUUCAUUACUUUGAUUUUAUUUCGGAGAGAUCUUCACACUAUUGCAUUCUUUAUAGGAACUCUGCUUAAUGAAUUAAUGAAUAUUAUAUUGAAACAUAUUUUUUGUGAGAAGCGACCUUUAUCAAGAGGAAAUUUAUACAAUGAGUAUGGAAUGCCGUCCUCACAUUCACAAUUUAUUUGGUUUUUUAGUUUCUAUGUUUUAUAUUUCUUCAUAUUCAGAUUACAUCAUAUAUACAACAACAAUGUUCUGUCAAUAGUGGGAAAGGUCAUAAUAAUAAGCAGCUGUUUUAUGUUAUCUUUGAUUGUCAGUAUCGGAAGGGUGUACCUAGAGUAUCACACAUACAGACAGGUGAUCUAUGGUGGUAUUGUUGGUUUUAUAAAUGCAACAUUAUGGUUUGGUGUUGUGCAUAGAAUUCUUACACCACUGUUCCCACAAGUUGCUAACUUAAAAGUCUGUGAAAUGUUGAUGAUAAGAGAUACAACGCUUAUUCCCAAUGUUUUAUUCUUUGAGUAUACAAAAUCCAGACAUGAAGCGCGAACUCGGGGACGAAAGUUAGCUGCAUUAAAACCUGUUCGAUGACGGUGCGCCUUCACUCGCGACAGUUCCAUUUGUCGGAACAGAGGACGCGCGUGACGAUUACUUACCGCCUCAGCUCUAGUGCUUAUGGGCGGUAUACUUUUAUAUAAAACAUAUGGAUAAUUUACAUAUUUUUAUACAGGUAUUUUCAUACAGCAUAGGUUUAGGCAUACUUAAGUAGUGUAAAUGAAUUCAUUUUUUUAAUGUAAUUUUGAGUAUAUGUUGGUGAUUAAGUUCUUCCGAUUCGUUAUUUUAAUGUCUUCCUUUAGAUUUGUUAUUUCUUUGUAUUUAUUAGAUCUAUUUAAAUGUAUUCAAGGUGUAUGAAGGCUAGCAAAAGUUGAUUAUAUAAGUAAUAUUAGAAAAUAAGCUUGGUACAGUACAGUGUAUACGUUUGACUUUUAAUAAUCUUUAACAAUAAACAAUGUUUUUGGUAUCGAUAUAUGUACAUAUCACUAAAAGGUGUUAUAAAUUCUCGCAGGUUGUAAAACAUUUUUGUUUGGAGUGUUUACACACAAUUUUAAUUUGUUUAAAACAGGAACUAUAUGAUUUCAUUACAAAAUUAUGCUUGUAUAUAAAAAUUAUUAUUAUUAAGUCUUAAAUGUAUGUUUGGAUUUUGUCAUAUGUAUUAAGUUAAAAAGCUGCAAUAAAAAUUCAAUAAAUGUCUCAAACCCUAAACUGGGUAGGUAUGAUUUUGUAUUAUAAUUAAAUAUUAUUAAUUUAUAUCAAUAGACUAUGGCUGAAUAUUUUCUGCUAAUAUACAAAUUGUUAUAAAACAUAUUAUGAAGACUACAAAUGGUGUGAAAUCACUUGAAAUUUGUGAUAAUUUCUUACAUAUUUUUUUAAAGUAUGAGUAUAGGACUAAACAAUUUCAAACAUUAUCUAAUCCGCUGUUUAGUGUUUAGUACACAUAAUAUAUAAUAGAGUAACAACUCCACCAAUAAAAUGUUUUGUGAUAAUCCUAGGUUUCUUGGAUUAUCAUUACAAGCAACUUUUCUGACAGUACAGGUUUCUAUUUAUUUUAUCCAUUGAAGACAUACAUACAUUUCACUUAAGUACCAGUCGUAUUGUAAAAUAAUAUUAAAUAUGUCAGUCUCGGAACAUAACUUGGUACGGACACGGAGCUUAGGUAGCUCCUAUUUUCAAAACUUGAUUUACUAUUUUUUACAAUGACAAUAUAAAGAUUUCCUUUAUUUCAAUGAUAACUUAUCUAAUAAUAAGAAUAUAAUUAAAAAAAACUGGUUCUGAGACAUAUAGUAUGUAUGUAUAUAGAUUGUGCAGUAGUUUCCCUUUCGGUAUAUCUUUUAUGUAUACUUCAUUUGUUAUAUUUUAUAAAAGUGUAAUCGCAUGACUAGAAUUAUAUUUGAUUUUCUAAAAGUUGUAUGCAAAAUAUUCAAUCAAAUAAAUUUAUUUACUUAGA